CGAAAAUGAUGACGUCUAAUGGAAGUGACUGGAGUGCGUGCAUCGUUCAUAAGUUCGCGACGUGUAGUUUUCACGUGCUUUGGUUCCUGGCAGGAUGAAGUUGGAGCUGUCCAUGGUGGUGCAGGGCUGUCGGCUAGGUGUGCUGACGGGACUGGGCAGGGCAGGACAGCACUCCCUAGAGGUGCCGGGGUGCCUGCUGUACACCCGCUGCGGCACUGUGCCACACCUCACCCAGGACACUUUGCACACACUGAACAACCUGCCCUCCGUCACGCAGCUCACCCUGAACACACUAGCGGAACACCAGGAAGUAUUGGAGGAGUUCAAGGAGGGAGUCAGGAAGUUUGCAGGUCUUCAUGACACGGUGUUGUACUGCUCCCUCCACGACCCUGCGACCUCAUGCCCCCCAGGUCACAUCACCAACAAGACGGUGUCUGUGUGGGGCAGUGGCGGUCGUAUCGAGCUGACGGUUGCGAAGUUCAUGGCUCUUCAGAAGGCUGUCCAGCCAGACCUGUACCAGAGCAUGGCAGACGGAGAGACUUGGCAGAUCAACACUUCUCGCAAGAGGGUCCGCAAGUCAGUGGACCGCACCCUGGCCCACCUGGAUGAGUGUCUGCUGCUCCACCACAAAACACAGGAGCUGAGUGGGGUGGAGGUGUUGGGGGUGGUGGAGGGAGGAGAUGUGCUGGAGGAGAGGGUGCGGUCGGCCAGGGAGACGGCCAAGCGGCCAGUAGGAGGAUUCUGUCUGGACGGGCUCCAUACUGCAGCCAUGGAGACACACCUCCGGACCCAGCUCAUCACCGCCAUCAUCAAGGAGCUGCCUGAGGACAAACCCAGGCUGCUGCAGGGUGUGGGGCGGCCAGACGAGGUGCUGGCGUGCGUGGAGGCGGGAGUGGACCUGUUUGAGAGCUUCUUCCCCUUCCAGGUGACCGAGCGAGGCUGUGCUCUCACCUUCCCUUUCAACAUCACCACUGACCCAGAGGCAGCAGGUACAGGUGUACAGGUACCCCCAACAGUUGUGGAGUUGGACAAGCACGAAGCUGCUAUAGGUCAGAAGAAUGGAACCGAUAAUCCCCAAGAAGACCAAACCAAGAUGACUCCUUUUGAGAUCAACCUGAAAGAUAAUAGGUACAGAGAGGACUUCAGUCCCCUGGUGGAGGGGUGUGGCUGCUACUGCUGCAGGAACCACCAGAGGGCGUACCUACACCACCUUCUGGUGACCAAUGAGCUACUGGCUGGAGUACUGCUCAUGCUCCACAACACGGCCCACUACUACGCCUUCUUCACUGCCCUCAGGGGGGCGCUAGCCAGCGACAAGCUGGACCACCUCAAGAAAAGAGUACUAGAAGGACCAGGCAAGGGGAUGAGCGGGGAGGGGGCUGGGGAGAGGGAUGGAUAGGUUUGUUGUAGAGGUAAGGGUGGGACAGGGAGGGGCUGGGGAGAAGGUGGGGCGAAUGGAGGGAGUGAUCCAGGUGAAAGUGUUGGGAGACCUUUUCUCUCCUUCCUUGAGGAGACUCUGUGGGUUUGAAAGGUGGCUAGAUGAAGGUAAAGUUUCUGUUUAAUUGCACUCACCUACCCAGUCAGAUCAGUGAUUACUUUCAGGCAGUCAGGAUGCAUUUUGGGGACUCCAAGGAGAAAUUGGCUUUGCAGCGGGCGGCAGUCAUCCAUUAAAACAAAAUAGGCAUCUCAACAAAUAAAAAAGAUAUGACAAGAGAGGGAGCAAGAGGACCAGGUGAAGGGGUGUGGAGGGCCAGUGGAAAGGGGCCAGGAGGACCAGGUAGAGGGCCAGUGGAAAGGGGCCAGGAACACCAGGUAGAGGGCCAGUGGAAAGGGGGCAGGUGUAGGGCCAGUGGAAAGGGGGCAGGUGUAGGGCCAGUGGAAAGGGGGCAGGUGGAGGGCCAGUGGAAAGGGGGCAGGUGGAGGGCCAGUGGAAAGGGGGCAGGUGGAGGGCCAGUGGAAAGGGGGCAGGUGGAGGGCCAGUGGAAAGGGGGCAGGUGGAGGGCCAGUGGAAAGGGGGCAGGUGGAGGGCCAGUGGCAAGGGGGCAGGUGGAGGGCCAGUGGCAAGGGGGCAGGUGGAGGGCCAGUGGAAAGGGGGCAGGUGGAGGGCCAGUGGAAAGGGGGCAGGUGGAGGGCCAGUGGAAAGGGGGCAGGCGGCCCAGGUGAAGGGCUAGUGGGAAAUGGGUGCAGGAGCACCAGAUGAAGGGGUGUGGAGGGCCAGUGGAAAAUGAGCAGGAGGACCAGGUAGAGGGCCAGUGGAAAUGGGGCAGGAGGACCAGGUAGAGGGCCAGUGGAAAUGGGGGAGGAGGACCAGGUAGAGGGCCAGUGGAAAUGGGGCAGGAGGACCAGGUAGAGGGCCAGUGGAAAUGGGGCUGGAGGGCCAGUGGAAAUUGGGCAGGAGGACCAGGUGGAGGUCCAGUGGAAAUGGGGCAGGAGGACCAGGUGGAGGGCCAGUGGAAAUGGGGCAGGAGGACCAGGUGGAGGGCCAGUGGAAAUGGGGCAGGAGGACCAGGUAGAGGGCCAGUGGAAAUGGGGCAGGAGGACCAGGUGGAGGGCCAGUGGAAAUGGGGCAGGAGGACCAGGUGGAGGGCAAGUGGAAAUGGGGCAGGAGGACCAGGUGGAGGGCCAGUGGAAAAUGGGGCAGGAGGACCAGGUAGAGGGCCAGUGGAAAUGGGGCAGUGCAGAUGCAAAGUUUGGUAACAGAAUGACGGCUCAAACAGCACAAACUGUCGUUCUGUUACCAAACUUUACAUCUGCACUGUUCAUCAAGUAAAUGUCUUUUUGUCAAAUGUUCUGUGGAAAUUGUUAAAAGUAGUCCUUGUGCAGACCUGUAUCAUUAGUUUAACUUUGCAAUCAUUGUUUUUUGUUUGGCAUACAUUUUAUACAUCGGUCUCGAUGUUACUGUGGUGUUGUCCUAUAAACACCUCUGAUGCUGUCAGCAUCAUUUUACAAAUACACCUGAUGCUGUCAGCAUCAUUUUACAAAUACACCUGAUGCUGUCAGCAUCAUUGCCUAUUGCUUUAUUUAUCUGUUUGUCAUUUAGGUCCCUCUUUUUCUGUAAUUCAUAUUUUUCGCACUCAAUCAAGUAUCUGAUGAAAACUGGGAUAGUUUUUUUCCCCCACGUCUAAUAAAAGUCAUUGCUUUAUACCUGA